AUGCCUCCUCCCCGAGUGGCCGUCAUAGGGGCUGGACCAUGCGGCCUCGUAGCACUGAAGACCCUGAAGGAAGAUGGCUUCGAUGUCAUUCUGUACGAACGGCGCGAUUAUGUGGGCGGUCUAUGGAAAUACUCGACCGAUGACUCCAUCUCCGUGGCGGACAAUACCGAGUUCAACAGCUCCAAAUUCCGCUCUGCGCUGAGCGAUUUCCCGAUGCCUGACGAUAUGGCAGACUUUCCCACCGCAAAACAGCUCUAUAAGUACUUUUGCGACUAUUGCACGCACUUUGGCCUGUGGGAGCAUAUCAAGCUCGGCCAUGAAGUCAAGAAAAUGCAGUUUCUGCGCGCCACUGACAGCAAGACGAGUGGAGGCCUAGACUACAAAGUGUCGUUUGAAAAAGUCGCUGUGGCUACUGGUCCAUGGACGAGACCACGACCACUCAAGUUUCCCGGUCUGGAUCAAUUCAAAGGCCGUAUUGUCCAUUCCAUGCACUUCCACGAUCCUGCAAGCUACACUGGCAACGUCCUCGUCGUCGGCAUGUCUGCAUCCGCCCAAGAUAUCGUUUCAGCUCUUCCUGGCCACGCUUCCAAGGUAUACCUGUCUCACAAGAGUGGAGUCGUCUUGAUACCGCGUUAUACUCGCGAUGGUUCUACGUGGGAUCAUGGUCCCACACUGAACCAAACGGUCUGGCUUGCUUGGCUCUUCACAUGGCUACCGAAGCGAUAUUACGAAUACCUUGACGGCAGACUCCAACGCCUAUCCAAAUGGGCAUAUCCGAACAUCCCUCCAUCGUGGAACUUGAGUCCGCCACCCUCGUCGGCCGUCGCACCACCACUCGUCGCUGCACAACUAUGGCCACAUUUGCAAUCGGGAUUCUGCGAGCUGGUCCCAGAGGUCGCUGGAGUAUGCGGUGAUACUGUCAAACUGUCAUCAGGAGGCAUGCACGGCACAUAUCGAGAAACGCUACACGAAAUCGACCACAUCAUCAACUGCACCGGCUACGACCCCGACGUACCCAUCAUCUUCGACCCCCCAGACGCCCAUCCCUACCCUCCCUCCCACAACAGCUUCAAACCCAAAUUCUACCACAACACCAUCCCCAUGCACCCCGACCCCGAACUCCGCACCUCCCUCGCCCUGCUCGGGCACGGCACAAUUUUCCACUCAGGUUUCGUGCGCUGGGAAAUUUCCAGCUGGGCCAUUUCCCAACUCUGGCAAGGCAAUUCUGCGAUGCCGAGUUUACGCGAAAUGGAAGAGUGGCAUGCGCGACGGGUGGUGUGGAGAGAUGGGGUGAUGAGGGAAUAUGGAAGGAAAUCGACGUUUUUUGAUAUGUAUUUGCCGUUUACGGAUCAUGUGGAUUGGUUGGAUCGGACUGCGGGGUGUGGAUUGAGAGAACAUUUUGGGAUUUGGGAGAGGUGGAUUAAUAUUUCCGCCUGGAAAUUCUGGUACCAAGACCGUAAAUUCUACAACACAUGUUGUCACGGAUUGACAUCUCCUGCAAUUUUCAAACUAUUCGACAUGGGAAAAAGGAAGCCUUGGAAAGAUGCCAAGAGACAGAUUCUGUUGGAUAAUUCUUUGGCGGAAGAAGCGGCUGCGGAGAGAAGAAGGAGAUUGGGGAAGAAGGAGAUGCAGACGCAGACGCAGAAGCAGAAGCAGCAGGGGCCGACGGCGGCGAAUGGUGGUGAUGGUGAUGGUGGUGGUGGUGAUGGAUGUGUGGUGGAGGGUAUGAAAAUGGGGAGUUGA